AUGCUAUACUGUGGAGAUGGGUGCAUUGAUUUUGGCUUGACUAAAGUAGGCGAAGAGGCAAAAGAGUCACUAACUCUGAAAAACAAGGGCCCGUAUGAAAUUGUCUUCAAAUUCACGAUUGCCCCAUCUAAGGAUAUCCAUUUCGGCUGCCUACUCGUGCAAUCCAAGAAGACUCGCCAGUUCGUGAUAGAAAAUCGGGGCGAACAUGAGUUCAAGUACAUUAUCCAAAAGAUGUCAAAGGCCCGUGAAAAUAUACUGGCUAGAGAGCGUGAGGUGAUUCCAGCUGGCCAGAUAGCCGCUUCUCAAAUGGGCACUGGCAAAGACAUGACGGCCACGACACUGGCGACGGGC